AUCUCUCAUUUGUUCUUCUACACAAUCUCACAUACUUCUAUUUCUCCCUCUCCUUGUCACAAGGAAGGGCGUGGAAGAAACCAAAACUAAAACAAAAGAGUAAUAAUUUAUAACUCACUAUUAAUUCUUUAUAAAAAAAAAACAACAACAACAAAAAAAUGGGUGUCAAAAUGUUAUUGAUCUUCGGGCUCUUGAUCUUAGCUAUGGUAGCUAAAUCCGUGAAUGCGACCUAUCCAUUGACAAAAGCAUGCGUCAACGGGCAAGGCUGCAUCGGAGAGGACGAUGAGCUCGAGUCUCUGAUGGAUUCAGAGACAAACCGACGUCAGCUCGCAAGAGGACGUCGUUACAUUGGUUACGAUGCUCUCAAAAAGAACAAUGUGCCAUGCAAUAGACGUGGCCGAUCUUACUACGAUUGCAAGAAGAGAAAAAGGAACAAUCCUUACAGGCGUGGAUGCAGUGCCAUCACGCAUUGCUAUAGGUACGCUCGCUAAAAUGAAUAGAGAGAGAGGACGAAGCUUUGUUUCAUCUUACGUACGUACACGUUCGAUCUUCUUCAUUCUUGAUCGUUAAAUAUUUAAUUUCCACCACCUUUUUCUCUUAUUUUUUUUGUUUUCAUUCUUUAUUAACGUAUCCUAUGUUAUACGUAUGAUCUUAUAUUCUCUUUUUUUUUUGUUUCCUUUAAUUAUUUUAAAAUCAUCGUCAUCAUGAUGCAUAUAAGCUUUUGAUUCUAUUGGUAUAUCGCUUCUUUUCGUUUCCUUUUGUUGUUGUUCUUUAAUUUCGUUUCGUUCAUAUAAUUAAGUUCCGUUUCCUCUAUUAUAUACAUCAUGAUGUUUUUAGUAUUUUUACAAUUUAUACAUUUGUUUUAACGACCAAGGGGCCAAAUUGGACCUAGUUUUUUUUGUUCUUUUCUAUAUUGUAUUUUGUUUUAUCUCGAAACGAACGAGGCACGUCAAGCUUUGGUUACUUAAAGUUGAGACUGUUACUGAUCAUGGGAUCUAA